AUGGUUUUACAUGACGGUGGGAACAGAGUGUACAUGCCACCGCGGGAGUAAAAAAUAUUUUUUAACUCUCUUCAACUGAUACUAUAAAUAGUCCCGCCUAUUAAGCCUUCAGACUAGAAACGAAGUUUUGUUACUCUUAAGUCUUACUCAAGCCCAUGUAGAUGAUCAUUUUAAGAUCUUUUUCCAGAGUGGAACAAGUAUCAAAGGUUUCAAAAGUUAUUUAUGAAUUACCAAAGCUUGUAAGCUCAUUUCAGGGUUCCAAUUACUAUGGCAAAGUUUGUUUGAGGAAAAUGGGGGAUAUGAAGGAUGUAGUGAAUGCAAUGGAUCAGAGCAAGAAGAGGAGAGCUGUGAGAGCAGUUUGGAUGCCGCUCAGUGCUCACUUGAGUUCUUCGGAAGACUUGGGAAUCGAUAAAUCCAUAUUUAUCAAUCCAAAAACAUUUCAUUUGACUGUUCUCAUGCUUAAAUUGUGGAAUGAGGAACGCGUUGCUACAGCUGCUGAGGUUUUACAGAAAGUCUCUCCAAAAGUGAUGAACGCUUUGAAAGACCAUCCAAUUUCCAUCAGGUUGAAAGGGUUGGAAGUGCAUUGUUUCUCUCAUGUACAGGACUGCAUGAGAGGUUCAGUUUCAGAAGCCUGUGUUUUAUAUACUCCAGUUGAGGAGAUUGGUGGCGAGGGUCGCUUGAUGCGGGCUUGUCAAGUCAUUAUUGAUGCCUAUGUGAAAGCUGGCCUUGUUCUCCAGAAGGAUGCGUGCCAAAAGUUGAAGUUGCAUGGGACAGUCAUGAAUGUAAAGUUUAGGAAAAGGACGACGAGAACGAGGAAGAUCGGUUCCUUUGAUGCUCGCGACAUUUUCGAACGAUAUGGGUCUGAAGAGUGGGACUUGGGAAUCGAUAAAUCCAUAUUUAUCAAUCCAAAAACAUUUCUUUUGACUGUUCUCAUGCUUAAAUUGUGGAAUGAGGAACGCGUUGCUACAGCUGCUGAGGUUUUACAGAAAGUCUCUCCAAAAGUGAUGAGAGCUUUGAAAGACCGUCCAAUUUCCAUCAGGUUGAAAGGGUUGUUGCAUGGGACAGUCAUGAAUGUAAAGUUUAGGAAAAGGACGGUGAGAACGAGGAAGAUCGGUUCCUUUGAUGCUCGCGACAUUUUCGAACAAUAUGGGUCUGAAGAGUGGGGUGAGUAUGUGAUUGGUGAGGCGCAUUUAUCGCAGAGGUUCAAGUAUGAACGAAGUGGCUACUAUCAUCGUUGCGCUUCAAUUCCCUUCCCUUAGAGCCUGGAAGAUUAAUAGUUCUUUUUUUUUCUUUUUCUUUUUAUUUACGUGUUCAAUAAGUGUUUUUAUUGGGUAGUGUUUGAAUUAGGAUUUUGUCUCUCUUACUGUAUGGAUUGUAAAUCAGAUUAUGCAAUUAUUUUAUUUUCAAAGAAGAAAAAUCUAAUUGUGUUUUUCAUUUCUUGAUG